AUGCCACCCAAGAUCAUCUUCUUCGCAGGAGCCCCUUCAUGCAACUCACUUGAUUGGGACGAAUCAAAACUUCUAUCUGACUUUACUGAACCCUUCAUUCAUUUCCUCCAUCUCCCUCGAUCAUAUCCCAACUCUGCACCACGGAAUAACACCAGCGUAUUGGAAUCUUCCACACCAUCAAACUUCGGACCUGACUGGCGCGAACUUCCUCUCGAUCGGAAACAUCUUACUACAGGAGUUUCGCAAGAUCAUGCUUUUCAUGAAUAUCCUUUCUAUCCUGGUACCGCUGCUCAUGCUUUAGAUUUCUUUUCAACUACUACUUUUCUCUCCCAGUCACAGAAUUACUCACAAUCUCAAUCAUUAAAUUACGAUACACAUCUCUCUACUAAUAAUGAGAAUGAAAAUCUUGACCAAGAACCUGUAGAUGAAAUCAUCUCUCAUUUCUACGAACAUUCCUACGCCAUCCACGAUAUUCCCUCUUCUCAAAUCGCCCCUCAUGAUUCUUUCAUCUCCUCUAAUUCUGAUGCUGGCACAUCAUUCUCAACUUCAAACUCACUAUACGAUUCCCAAUCAGUCUUUCCACAAUCGGAGGGAGAGAAUGUUCAAAUUCCCGUGGCGGGUCAUGUAACAAAUCUGAAAGAUUUGCCUCAUGCACAAUAUCUAUCUUCAAUCCAUCCGCAAACCAUGACAAUUAAUCUCAUCGUGGGAAUUAUUUCCAUCUCAGAACCGAAAGCAAUAGCCACUAGAAAAGGAGGCGAAGUCUCACUCGUCGAGAUUCUAGUGGGAGAUGAUACAAAAAGUGGCUUUUCGAUUAAUUUCUGGUUAUCGGGAAAGGGAAAAGAGGAUGUAAAGGAGAUACUAGCAAAUUUAAGAGUUCAGGAUAUUGUCUUGGUGAAGAAUGUAGCUCUAGGUAGUUUUAGGGGAAAGGUUCAUGGUCAGAGUUUGAGGAAGGAUAUGACGAAGAUUUGGUUGUUGUAUAGAGAGAAAAUUGAUAGGAGUGAUGUGGGGGGUUGUUAUGGGAAGAGGGAAUUGGAGGGAAGAGAGAUGGAUGUGCAGUUGGGGAAGGUGAAGAGGGUGAGAGAUUGGGUGGUGUGUUUUGUGGGGGUGGCGGCGGCGUCGAGAGGGAAAAGGGGUGUGAAGAGGAGGAGGGAGGAGCUUCCGCCGGAUAAUGAUGUUGUUGCAGUGAGCGGGGGUAGUAGGAGUUGUAGGAAUUGGAAUUGGAAUGAGAAUGAGAAUUUGAAUAGGUAUGAGAGUGUGAAUGAGACUGAGUAUGAGAGUGUGAAUGGUAAUGAGAAUGAGGAUGGGCAUGAGAGUUUGGAUUGGGGAAUAUAUUGUAAAAGGAGUAGGUCGAGAUACGUGCAUCCCGAUAGUACGCUGUGA